AAGUCUGUGUCGGUCAGAGUGAAGACGCUCCAUGAGACUCAGAACACAGACUGACAGAACUCCAAACACUCAUAACACAAUCUGAAGCAGCAUUCACUCUCGACUCUUCUGGAAACUGGACAUCAGAGAAAUGCUGUUCAUCUUUGGACUGCUGCUGCUGCUGCCAACUGUUACAUGUGUGGAGAUGUUCUGCAGGUUUAAUCAGACAGAUCCCUGUUACGCAGCUCUGGGACACAAACUCUAUCUGCAGAUGGUGAUGGACGCUCGAGAUCAAGAGCUGAAAUUAUAUAAGUGGAUCGAUAAUGCUAACCACAGCAUUUGGAAUGUAAAGAAAAACAUGAUAAAGGAAACACAUGAAUCCAUUAUAAACAGAUCUGAGUUUAUCAUUAAUAAUGGGACUCUGAUUAUAAACAGUGUGAUCAGAACAUAUUCAGGGAGAUACACAUUACUGAUCUUUGAUUCAACCGGCACACAGACACAUGCUGUAAAUCUUCCAGUGAUUGUUGAAGCUCCUAUUGGCUCAGUGGAAGUGUCAAUCAUUUGCAGUGGGGAGAUGCGAGCGUCCUGCUCCUCUGAGGGGGAUCAGCUCAACUUCAGCUGGACUCUGAAUGGACAAGAACUGGAGGAUAGAAAUAACAUCAUUCAUCUGGAUGAGGAAACUUCUGGAAACAUCAUCUGCACUGUGAACAACCACGUCAGUCAUGGACAGAAGAACAUUAGUGUAAACCGAUGUCCUGGAACAACUACUGCAACUGUGACCUCUACAGUGACCAAAAGCACUCAGACUCCCAACGGUACGAGUUACACUGAACACACUACAGGGAAUUCUGCAGCAUUUCCUCCAUGGUUCUUCGUUUCAAUUCCGAUCGCUCUGUGCACGGUUGCUGUGAUCCUGAUUGUGCUGGUCAUCAUUGCAUAUUACGUUUACAAGAAGAAACAGCCGAAGCCGAGGGCAGCUGGUGAAACAGAACUCGUGUACGCAGACAUCUCGCAUCAGAAACACAACAGAGAGGAUGAACACAAGAGGCCCGAGGUGUCCUUAAAUGCAGAUGUGGAAUAUGCUGCGGUCGGCCCUCAGACGAAGAGGAAGAAGAGGACGGUGAAAGAGGAAGAUGUUCAGUAUGGAGAGGUGUCGUUCACUCCAGCUGUCUCAAACAAUCAUCGUUAUAAAGAACAGGAAGACUGUGUGUACUCUCAGGUACAGAGACAAUAGAAAGACAAACCCUUUUAGAUAAUGCUUCCGGUUCUGUGUCACAGUCUGCAGGGAUGAAACAAUGCCAAAUGCAAAUAAUACAAUGAAACUAACCAUAAACAAACUAAACGAUCCACCUUUUCCCAACGUCCCGUGAUGCUUAGCGAGAAAUAUGGGUGUUACUUCCGUUGUCAAGUUAACACUGUUGUUGUUGCGGUGGACGUCCAUUCAUUCUUUCAUUGAGGUGUUGGGAUUUUAAGGAGAGGACAUACAUCAGUCACUAUAGCAGUGUGUUCCUGAACAAUAAUAUACUACAAAAAUGACAUAUAGACAAAGAAAGCGCAAACAAAACCGGUGUGAUGCAUUUGAGAUUUAAUCUAAGCCCAGAAAUGAAUAGUCAGAUAGACACACGGAGAGCCGUGGAGUGCUUAUGCUUUGGUAUGUAUCUGAUCAGACGGUUAUUUCCUUUGAAAUCCGCACAUAAGUCGGGUGAUUGACAGGUGAGAGGUGGUGCUUUGUUGCUGUCCGGGACGCAUCAAGAUACCGUUUUAAACCUCAAAUGCGACUUGGUUUUUGACUGCCUCAGUAUGUGUUUUGUGAUUGGAUCACAAAACGUUUUGCGCCACGUUUACAACUAUAUAUAUAUAGCGCUGACCUUUGCGAUCAGAUCAUCCGAAUCUCGUCUUAUUACCAGCUGUAAACAGAGUCUUAAAAUGACUGCAUCCAGAGAUAGGGAAUGCUCUAGAACAACUUCCAGCGGAAGUCCCACCCACAUUCGUUUCCCCAGGAAAAAGGUGGAUACAAUCUAGGCUACAUUAAAUACACAAUGUUCAUAAUCACGCAAAGUUUGUAUAUGAAUAAAUUCCAAAGUUUGUUUUUAAGGAUAUGUUUGUUAGCACAUUUGAAAAAAAUAGAAAAAUGUCUCAGCUCAGCAGGUCCUUACAAUGGAAGUGGAUGGUGACCAGACUUUUUUGUAAAAAAUCCAACUUCAGUUUUGUCAGGCAAGCUCAAUUUUAAAAGUUGAUUGAACUAUCAACUAGUUUACUUAACUCAAUCAAUUAAGUCAACUUUUACGCCAUUUAAGUCAGAGCAACUGACAUUUAUAAACAGUGAGCGAAUACAACACCAAGUCUGGUGGUGAAGGAUGAACAUUCAGGCUUUUGAGCAUGCUCAGUUUGAUCACUGACCCUCCAAUACACCCCUAUUUGACCCUAACUAAACGUUGUGCACCUCUGCGAAAUGAACGUUUAAAUUUCACGGUUGUACGUCGUUAAAGCCGGUCUUUGAUUUAGACUCACAUCUCUAAUGAUGUCAUGGAAAGGUCCAAAUCUGAGGGCACCUUGUAAGGUUGAUCACAAUGAACUUCACAUUGUUGUGUGUGCUACUGAGCAUGCCCACUGGAGAAGCAUUGUGGAGGAAGACACUACCCACAAUCCCCUGCUCUAGAAGUUAUUUAUGAGUGUUUGGUCAAAGCGCACUGACUUAUGAGUUAAAGUUGUAAAUAAUCGGAUUUGAAUUCAUGGAUGUUUUUGCUCUUUAUGUGUUUUGCAUAAAGUCACCAUCAGGGUCAUUUGUGUUCGCUUCGAUGAAGUUUCUUAAUUUAUUAAGUUGGUUCAACUUCUAAAAGUUUGAAGUACUUUUAACCUACAAAAUAUAGAUCUACUUAAAAAAAAAAAUAUAUAUAUAUAUAUUGUUUUCAAACGUUUUGAAAAUGAUGGACAGCUGUACUUAAAAAUUCUAGUUUAUUGAACUUUUUGAGUUCACUGAAGUUAUUGUAUUGAGUUCAUGGAACUUGAGAUCCAACUGGAAUUGUUAAGUUGGUAAAACUUAUUUGCCUGAAGUUGAUUAAACUCAAAAAUGCUUUGCAGCUGCUUGCUUUACUUUUUAAGUUUACUCAACUUUAAAUUUUUUACAGUGUACGACAGCUGUCCUUUAAAGUGACACGAUCACUUUUGGUGCCUAAAACUGAAAUAUUUAAGUACUUAUUUCUAAAUCAUGCUUCCGUUUUGCAGCGGUUUGCACGUGUGACGUAAUUGCAUUGGCAUUUAAAACACGCAAGAACUGAUGCACGUGCUUGCAGCUGGAAGAGCAGCGCUGUUUACAAGUGAGAAAGCUUCGUUGGUUUUGGUUUAGAUCUGUAUUUAUCUGAGAUUACAUCUGUAUAAUGGCGACACGAAUACGUCACACAAGAGACUGCUUGAACUCCACCCUCUAGUGGAGCUCACCGGAAGUGUCUGAUUAUAGUUAAGAAGUACUUACAUUUGUAUCUUUUUUUUUUCCGCAUCAAAAGUGAUCGUGUCGCUUUAGAAGAUAUUGAUUUAACCGCUGGAGUCGUAUGGGUGACGUUUAUGGUGACUGUCGGUGAUUUUUGGAGCUUCAAAUGUCUGGUCACCAUCCAUUUCCAUUGUAAGGACCUGCUGAGCUGAGACAUUUUUCAGUGGAAGGGUUCAGAUGCGUCCUGCUCUCAUACUGUCAUGUCUGCUGAGAUAACAUGAGGGUGAAUAAAUAAUGGGAGAAUUUUCCUUUGUGCGUGAACUACCCAUAAUGCAAUGUUAAAUGUUCAGUUCAUUUCACUCUGUGCACUGGAAUAAUAUUCAUGUAGUAUUUGAGCAGAGUUUAUUAUGCAGAAUUGCUGUUUUCAGUCAUGUUAUUAAAGUGUAACUUGUGUAGCUGCUUCUGCAUGUUGUGUGUGAUUGUGUUAAACACACUUCGCUUCUGCACUCGCGAGUAUUCUUGCUGAAAGAUAAAAAACACUUAUUUCACAAGAGGAAACCAAAUGUGUUAUUUUCCAUCAACACUUCUGCUUUUGGGUUUUAAACAUUAGUGGUGAAGAGUGUGGGGACGUUUUACUGGAAUAAGUUUGUACUCCCUUCAUUUAAGCAUGAGAUAUUUUGAGAUGUUGUCUCUGCAAUCAAUUAAAACACAUGAAUGGGAUGUUUGUAUCUCGACUGGUGAAGCGAUAAUAAAAUGUAUAGCUUGAAUUUACUUCAAAUCACCAAACGCAUAAAAGUAAAUCAAAACAAGCGUUUUUACCAAAGUGAAAGAAACCUCAAACACUUUGUACUUCUAAUGUUUAACGGUGAGUCUCGAGGUGUGAUUGGUCGCCUCGUUUGGAGACUUUGUUGCAGCAUUUAAAGCAGGAAUAAGAAGUUUCUGGAGUCUGAACGCUUCAUGUGGAGCGACUGUGAGUUUUGUUGAGCAGUCCUGGUCUUUUAUAUUCUAGAAUGUACAUUUAAGCUGUAUAGACUGUAUGAAACCGUCUCUUUUUAGUUUUUCAACCAUUUUUGAACAUUUAAAGUCUUUGCCUGCGGUACAGCGUCAGACGUCUCUCGUGUGGAUGUCUUAAGAGUGGUUUCCUGCUUCUGAUAAUCUUCUCCUCUCAUCUAGAAGUGUCUGUUUCAAUCUCACGAAAUCAUAUUUUACCCCAGAAUCAAAAAUAAAUAAAACAUUAAAAAACAAUAAUUUUUCUUUAUAACUUGUUACAGUAUAUCAAAUAUUCAGUGUAUUUUCAUUGAUGGAGCUGCUGAUUGUGAUACAGAGCGCUCUUACAUCUUCAUCCUCUUUGUGUAACAUCAGUUUACAACAUCCACACAACUAAUUAUUAACACACAAACACACACAUACUAACACACACGCUCACACACUCACACACACAAACAUACACAUAUACACAAGCAAACACACACACACACUAACACACACGCUCGCUCACUCACAUACACACACACACACACACACUAACACACACACAUACUCACUCACACACACACACACACACACUCACUCACAAGCAAACACACACACUCACACACUCACACACUCACUCACAAGCAAACACACACACACUCACAAGCAAACACACACACUCAUACACAUGCUCGCUCACUCACAUACACACACACACACACUAACACACAUACUCACUCACACACACACACACUAACACACAUACUCACACACAAACACACACACACAUACACAUGCUUGCUCACUCACACACACACACACACACACUCAUACACAUGCUCGCUCACUCACACACACACUAACUCACACAUACACACACACACACACACACACAUACACAUGCUCGCUCACUCACACACACACACAUACACAUGCUCGCUCACUCACACACACACUAACUCACACAUAUACACACACACACACACUCAUACACAUACUCGCUCACUCACACACACACACACACACAAACACACACACUCACACAUAUCCACACACACACUAACACACACAUACAUGCCCACACACAUACACUCACACACUCACAUGCACACACAUAUACACACACUAAAACACGCACACACAUACACACACACAUACACACACAGUAACACACACACACAUACACACACAUACACACAUGCUAACACACAUUAACACAUGCUAACACACACACAUAUACACACACACACACACACAUACACACACACACA